UUCCCACAGCCAGCUCAGCCAGGCAAGGCCGGGAGGGAGUGGGACAGAUUCUGGGAGUGCAGUGGGGAGGAGUCCUGGCUCCGCUGAGCAGGAGCUGCUUGGCUGUCAGUGCCAGAGCCCAGGCCUCAGAGCCCUGCUGGAGGAGGUGGACUCACAGGAGGCAGGCCCAGAGAGGAGCUAAGGCAGUGAGAUGGCUGACUGCUAUACAGAGCUGGAGAAGGCAGUUGUUGUCCUGGUGGAAAACUUUUAUAAAUAUGUAUCCAAGCACAGCCUGGUCAAAAACAAGAUCAGCAAGUCCAGCUUCCGAAAGAUGCUCCAGAGAGAGCUGAACCACAUGCUGACGGACACAGGGAACCGAAAGGCAGCUGACAAGCUCAUCCAGAACCUGGAUGCCAACCACGACGGGCGCAUCUGCUUUGACGAAUACUGGACCAUGAUUGGUGGUAUCACCAGCCCCAUGGCCAACCUCAUCCGCCAGCAGGAGUGCCAGCAGGAGAGCCAGCAGGAGUGCCAGCAGGAGAGCCAGCAGGAGAGCCAGCAGGGCAGCAGCUAGAGGCCCCUCGUGGGCCCCUUUUCAUGUCCUGACCCAUGUCCUGCCAGUGUUCUUUCCAUGCUUUAAGUUGACUCUUUCUUCCUCCCUUCUCCCUCCAGACCUGUUCCUACCCUUGCUGAACAGCACAAGAUGGGUGGAUCGGGGGCUAUCAAGGCCACUGUGGUAGUGCUUCCCUGAGCGUUCAGUCCCUGGAUCCUGUAGACCCUGGGAGGGGGUCCCCUUUGUGAAAUAUCGAUGCUGUUUGGGGCCCUCCCCCCCCCCAAGACUUUUCUCACUUGUUGAGUCUGUGUGCUCUCGCAAUGUUCCUGUCUGAUUCUUGACUGAUUCUGGGUCUGUCCUGACCUCUAGAGGUCAGCUUGCUGCUUGAGGUCUCCCAGCUCCUGGCUGUGGCAGCUGUGGUAGUGGCAGUACCAGAAUUAGCCGCUUCUUUUCCUCCCAACCUCUUAGCUGGGUGGAGAGGCAUUCCCAGGGGCUCCUGUCCAGCUGUCUCUGUCUGGGAAUGAUCUAACCUGGGUUGAGCCCCCUCUCUGCUCUGCCACCGAAAUAAACGCUGGAUUUGGAGUUUGUAA